GGUAUUGACAAGACCAACAUCGGAUUCGUCGCAACAAGCACCUUCGUCAAGGAUGCGCACCUGCAUCGCAACGACAUUCCCAACUCGCUCUCGCUUUUUUCGGCCACGUAUGUCCCGCUGCAACCUAUCUCCGUGCUCAUCGGUCGUAAGAUUGGGCCACACUGGUGGCUUCCCAUUAUCCUGUUGACCUGGGGAGGCAUUUGCAUGGCGCAUGCUGCGGUCAAUUCGACUCGCAGCCUGAUCGCGCUUCGUCUGCUUCUAGGUGCCGCAGAGUCUGGGUUCACGCAGACGGCAUUCUACUACAUGUCAUUGCUAUAUCCAAAGUUCUCGCUCGGCCUAAGGAUGGGCUUGUUCUCCGGCAUGUACUCGGUCGCAGGAGCUUUCGCAGGUCUGUUGGCGUACGGUCUGCUGCAUAUCCAGACGAAGCAUAUCCACGGGUGGCAGCUGGUGUUCCUUUUUGAAGGUGGCCUCACCGUCCUCGUCGGCAUUGCCGCUCUUCUUAUCCUGCCACGUGACGUGGAAAGCGCAUGGUUCCUUAACGCAGCAGAGAGAGCGCAUGCCAAACGCCGCAUGGAUCGGGAUCUGGCAGACGCCCAAGAAAUGGAGACAUACGACGCAGACGGCAAUCCGAUCACGGGCCCUAAGCGCAACAACAUCUCGCUUCGCGAUGUCACUGAUGUGCUCAAGGACUGGAAAAAGUUGUGCAUCAUCGUUUGCAACAUCUUCGCAGUGCUUCCUGUCACCGUCUUCACGACAUUUUUGCCUCUUGUCGUUCAAGGCAUGGGUUACAAAGGCAUUCGAGCGAACCUGAUGUCCGUGCCGCCGUUCGUCGUCGGAGCUACUGGUUUGGUCAUCUUCGUCGCGUCGUCGGACUACUUCCAAGAGCGCUCCAUUCAUACCGUGGUGGGAAUGCUGCUCGGAAUGAUUGGAUGCAUCGUCAUGGCUGUCUCCAAGGAUCCAAAGCUCCGUUACGGGUUUGCUCACGUCUGCAUGAGCGGCAUCUUCGCCAGUGGCCCUCUUGUAGCGGUUUGGCUUGCAGGGAAUACGCCGUGGAAGAGCUCCCGAUCGUUCAUUUUGGGCCUCAACGGAUACUCCAACCUUGCCGGAGUCAUUGCCGGACAGCUUUUCAAGGCGCAAUAUGCACCUAGCUACCACUACCCGUUAAUGGUGACGAUGAUUCUGAUCGCAGUCGGCGCGCUAGGCUUCUUGACCUUACGCGGCUUGUACAUGCUGGAGAAUCGGAAGCGCAGGAAUAUCAUCGCCUCGUGGGAUGCGCAGCGGUUCGCUGAGGAGGAGACCAGCGCCGAGAGACGUGGAGACCAGCGGUACACUUGGAUUUACUCGUACUGA